CUUCAUACCACUCGAGUGACCGUUCUUCUCUCUCUCUCGCUCUCGGUGUGCCGGGCGCAAUCAGUUCUACCGUGAACAUUAUUAAUAAACGAGUGCUUUAAAUUCCGUUUCCAGUGUACGGUGUACGCGCGUGUGCGAAAACAGUUCUUUAUGCGGUGAAUCCCUCUGGCUUGUGGUCCAUAAAAUGAUGACGGCACGAAGUGAAGUGGUUGACGCGUAGUACUAAGUCCUCCCGAGUGCCGAAGAUCGCGUGCUAGCGAACAGUUCCCCAGUUCCUUGCGUGUGCUUGGGCUGAACGAUCGGACGUUCUGGACGCGAUGGCCUACCUAUCGGAUGUGGAUCUUGCCACGCUACAUAAAUCACGCCUCGAGGAGCGUGUCCAGUACCGGCUAUCAUCUCUGUGGACUCGUGAUAUGGAACCCAGCCGGGAGCUACCGGCAAAAGCGAGGGCUAGUCAGGUAGCCGUAGCACCACCAGCAACCAACACCAGAGCGGUCGGUGUGAGUGCAGCGAUCGCUUCCGAACAGCAGCACCACCGAAGAUCGUGUGAUCGGGUCAACAACAACCACAUCGUGCUGGCGACCGAAACGGCGUCCUCGAUGCAGGAGCACAUCCUACAGCGGUCCUUCACGCCGACAGCGGCCACUAUGCGCGGCAGGACACCGGGAUGCUCCAAAAUGCUGCACCACCAGCAGCAUCAGCACCAGCAACAGCAGCAGCAGCAGCCGACCAUCAGCUUCGAUGGCCAUGUGAUACGUCCUAGGAUAAGAAGUAGCAAUAGUAUGUCCAGCGGUGGCACCAGCACCAGCAGCAGCAGUAGCAGCGGCGGCGGCGGUGGCAACAGCAGUAGUUGCAGCAGCAGCAGCGGCAGCAAACACGUCGAGUGGAGCGACGACGACCAUCUGCACGACGAUGGAUACUUCUCGUCCGAUACCCGCCGAAGAAGGUCCGGCACCUGGCCGCGAACGCGAAGCUUAAAUGCACCGUCCCCGUUCCAACAGUUCGGACCAUGCGGUCGGAUUAUGAAAAACUCGGCGAUGGUGAUGCAAAUUCAGGAUCCGGCCAGCCAACGGUUGACGUGGUACAAGCCGCCGCUCGCGGUGCUGGUCAUCAAGAAGGUUCGUGACUCGAAGGUGCUGCAGCCGUUCGUCGAGCUGGUCGAGUGGUUGAUCCACGAGAAGCACAUGGUGGUCUGGGUCGAGGCGGCCAUCCUGGACGAUGCGCUCCUGACCGGUGACAAGCGGUUCACGAAGCUGCAGGACAAACUGAUCACCUUCAAGGACGGUCGGGACGAUCUGACCGACAAGAUCGAUUUCAUCAUCUGCCUCGGUGGCGACGGCACGCUGCUGUAUGCGUCGCUUCUCUUUCAAAAAUCGGUCCCACCCGUGAUGGCGUUCCAUCUCGGGUCGCUCGGCUUCCUCACGCCGUUCCAGUUCGACAACUUCCAGGAGCAGGUGACGAACGUGCUCGAAGGGCACGCCGCUCUGACGUUGCGCAGCCGUCUGCGAUGCAUUAUCGUGCGGAAGGACAAAACCGAGCAGGAAAUUUCUACCUUCAAAUCAUCGCAGGACCCAUCGACCAACAUUUUGGUCCUGAACGAGGUGGUCAUUGACAGGGGUCUGUCGUCGUACCUGAGCAAUAUCGAUCUGUUUCUGGACGGCAAGCACAUUACCUCGGUCCAGGGCGAUGGGCUGAUCGUUUCCACGCCAACCGGAAGCACCGCCUACUCGGCCGCUGCGGGUGCCUCGAUGAUUCACCCGUCGGUGCCCGCCAUUCUCGUCACACCGAUCUGUCCGCAUUCGCUCAGCUUCCGGCCAAUCGUACUGCCAGCCGGCGUGGAGCUGAAGAUUGCAAUUUCACCGGACAGUCGCAACAGCUCCUGGGUGUCGUUCGAUGGGCGGAAUCGUCAGGAGCUUCUGCACGGUGACAGCUUGCACGUGACAACCUCCAUCUACCCGGUGCCGAGCAUAUGCGCCCAGGAUCAGAUCGCCGAUUGGUUCGAUUCGCUCGCCGAGUGCCUCCACUGGAACGUGCGCAAGCGUCAGAAGUGUCUCGACGAGCUGUCCGAUCUGACCGGCUCGGGAGCGGAGGACGGUGGCGCCAUCGACGAGAUCGUGCGCGGAAUGGAGAAGCUCGAAAACUAAGGGUCGCGCAUUCACAAAACGUGGCAACAAAAGCAAUCGAAAAAAUUCAACCGACUAGCGGUGCGUGGUUGGUACGACGUUUGGCAAGUGUGCCGGGCCGUCCGGUAUUGGCGGUGAUCGAUUCGGUGCAAGGAACUGGUUACGGAUCUGACCGGGAAUGCGCUGCCCCUGCACAACCGUGUUACGUAUUGUCCCCGUAAUGUACUCAUUUUUCUACGGGGCCCAAGAAGCAGAAACGUAAUCAGGUCUAGCCUUUGCGGUUAUUUUUCUUCUUCAUCGGUUCGUUUGUUGACUAUUUUACGAUAGAUAAGCAGUUACCAAUGGACUAGGAUCCGUUACACUACAAACACGUGUUUUCGAGCCCGUUCCCAAGUUUGUUCUCAUGGCGCAAAAGAACGCUGAUGCAUCGUGUUAUGUGCGGAGAAAGUACUCAAAAAGACCAACCGCUAUUCACGGGACAAACAGGGCAAGAUAAGACAAGAAAACAGCUCAACACCUCCGUCAACCAGUUCCGUUCAAUGUCUCAUUUUCGGUUUAACCCCCUCGGUGAUAUUAACCUGUGUGAGCAGUCCACCGUCAUGAUCCUCGUGUGCCGGAUACGGGUUUUGUUAAGUUUCUGUAAUGUGCUGCGAGAGCGGAGAAGGAAGUGUGUGUGUAAGAUUGUAUCUUAAGAGCGUGGUUUUGUGCUGUUUUGAAGGUAGCAAUUAUUUUCUACACGGUACAGCUCAUUUCCAAAGGAAUGCGGUAUGUUGGCGUGAUCAUGAAGAAAAUCAGAGCUUUUCAUCUCACUGACUGGCGACCCUGUACCGGCUACACGGCACAUCUUUCGUAAUCAUUCGCGUUCUCGAUGUUUUAAGCAAGAAGAAGUGUUAGGUUUUUGCGGAAGCUUUCUAUUUUCAAACCAAUUUUAUGCACCGCUCCGCGAUUUAUAUACGAUUUGAAAUCAUUCUGCCUCUUUUGAAAGCUUUUGAACUAUACCCAGACCCAGUAUUGUCCACGUUCCGGUGGCGCUUUCAGUGCCAGGGCCGGCCAAAGGGAAACUGUCGACCCGCGGUAAGUUGAGCUUCGAUCUGUUACCGCUCCAAAUUUCUGCUUAUGUGAUAAAAAAUGGAUCAACCGUCGUUCGACCCUUGGCAAGUGACCGUGCUUCAACUCCGUUCUGUUAGUGAUAUACCAAAUUUUAUGCGGUUGUAGGGAGAGAGAAAGGGAGCGAGUUUCGUGUUUAAUUUGCUGGAAAGGUACGCGGUUCACAAGUAGCGAUCGUGUUUGGGUGUUCAGUCGUAUAAGGUGCAGGCACAAGAAUGAGAAAACGUAACGCGGCGUCGAGAAGGGCCACAUUAAGCGCCCUGGCAAAAUGGAAUUGCGUAGCAACCACGAAGGUGAUGAUUAUGAUGUGACACGCCAAAAGUUGAUGAAAAGGCGAGCGAUGUUCCGUAGAAAAUUUACAUAAAAAACUGAAGCGAAAAGACAAAAAUCGAACAGCCUGUUUAAUUAUACUAUUUAAUAAACGCGAGCAUAAGGUUUACAA